AUGAAGGGUCUUGCCAUCGCCUUUGCGGCGCUUGUGUCGUCGACAUGUGCGCAGUACAUGAAGACUCCAGCCUCGCCUCGUUAUGUCUCUCACAAGGCCGUCCCGAGACAGGCGGGCAACCAGACUGGCAACUCAUGGCCCUACGCUCCCUUCAGCACUCGCGGACGUGAUAUCGUCAAUGCCCGCGGUGAUGUCGUGACUUGGGCUGGUGUCAACUGGCCGAUGAGUGGAGAGACUAUGGUCCCUGAGGGUCUGGAAUGGGCCUCAGUUGACCAGAUUCUCGACGAUGUCGAGAGCGUUGGCUUCAACUACAUCCGCAUGGGCUACGCCAUCGAGAUGGUCGACCAAAUCUACGACCGCGACGGCGAGGACGUCCCGCUCGAAGUCGCUAUGAUCACGGCCCUUGGCUUCGUCAACGGCACAAAGGUCACCAACGAAAUCAUCCGCAACAACCCGACCUGGACCCGCGAGACGACCCGCUUCGAGAUCUGGUCCGCCAUCGUCGAGGCCGCCUACGAGCGCGGCAUCUUCAUCUCCCCCGACGUGCACGUCGGCAAGGCCCAGUGGUGCUGCUCCCACACGGACGGCAACGCCUGGUUCGACGACGUCAACUUCAACACCACCCACUGGCGCCGCGGCCUCUCCUACGUCGCCAACUGGGCAAAGUCCCACCCCAACAUCGUCUCCCUCUCCCUCCGCAACGAGGUCCGCGAGUCGUGGAACGUGACGAACCUGUACUACAACUGGGACACGCUCGUCGGCAACUUCUCCGCCGGCGCCGACGCCAUCCACGAGGCCAACCCGGACGUCCUCAUCCUCUGGGGCGGCAUGCAGUACGGCCAGGACCUGUCUGCUCUCACCUCGGGCAAGAACUACCUGACGGCGCCGUGCUACAAGUGCACCGCCAUUCGCGACGCCGCCCGCCGCGAGCCCAAGGUGUUUGACCUCGACAGCCACGCCUGGGCGGACAAGCUCGUCUGGGAGCUGCACCUCUACAAGAUGAGCGAGGAUGUCGACACGGGAUCGUGCCCUAUUAUCGAAGCGGGUCUUUAUCGCAACGGCUUUAACGCGUUGGGUAUUGACAAGCCCGCGGCCUGCAAUGUUACGAACGACUGCCCCAAGGCGAGCCGGUUGACGCCCGUCAUCUUUUCGGAGUUUGGCAACGGCCAGGACGAUACGCUCCGUAACGAUACCCUUCAGGUGUGUCUGAGGGACUACACCGUCAAGCACAACGUCAGCUGGAUGGUCUGGGGACUUGCCGGUAGCUAUCGUGUGCGCUCCGGCGCGCAGGGUGUGCCCGAUACGUGGGGCCUGUCCAACUAUGAGUGGAACGGUUGGAAUUCUCCCGAGACCAUUGAGGAUAUCUGGAAGCCUUGGGUGAAGGCUAUGAACCCGACUAGAAAGUCAUGA